AUGAAACUCAGCACGGCUGUCAAGUCAGUAUGCUUCUUCCUUCUUAGCCACAGCACCAUUUUUGUAGGUGCAAAAGCCCCACAAGGGUUUCUUCAGACGUGGCCUAUUCCCGAUGGCGUCCCUAUCGCGACCUCUUACGAUGUCAAAGCCCGUGUCCCAGGCGGCAAGUGGCAAAAGAUCGAAACAUAUCAGCCAGUUCUCAACGAGGUCAACUUCACCACCGGCGGUUCCACCAGGCAUAACUCAUCUCUGGCCUAUUUUGAUUUCAACGGUACUGUAGAGAUCCAAGCCAAAUAUCUCAAAGAUCAAGUUUCCAAGGCCGUCAUCAGACCCUACUCUCUCAACUUGACCCCAAAGAAGUCUGGCUCCGUUAUCACUUUCACCUUGGAUGAGCCGCGAGAUAUUCUUGUUCAAGUCAACGAUGGCAUCUUCGAUGUUCUGCACAUCUUCACCAACCCUCCUGAUACGAAUGUCCCAUCGGAGGAUGAUAAGGAUGUCCUGUACUACGGUCCUAGCUAUCAUAAGCUCAACUCUACACUCGAGGUUGGAUCUGGCAAAACUCUAUAUGUCGCUGGCGGAGCAGUGGUUUCAGCUCCCGAUAUCACAGUAACCAACUCGAGCGACGUAACCAUACGUGGACGAGGCCUCUUGUACAGUCCAAAGGGAAAUUCUGUACAGGUUUACCGAUCCAAAAAUGUCUUGAUCGAGCGCCUGGCCGGCAUCAACUUCCUUCCUAGAGCUUACGAGUCAAAGGACGUGACAUUCAGUCAUUGGCGCGACUUUAGCGCUGUGCAAUGGGGAGAUGGAAUGGACGUGUACUGCUGCGAGAACGUUCUUAUUGAUUCCGUCUUCUUGCGCAAUUCAGACGACUGUAUCGCUGUAUAUGCUCAUCGGGAUGAAUGGUACGGAAACUCUACCAACAUCACCAUCCAAAAUUCAAUUCUAUGGGCUGAUGUCGCGCAUCCGAUUAAUAUUGGAACCCAUGGCAAUACUCAGGACCCCGAGGCCAUCGCAGGUCUGACUAUUCGCAACAUCGACAUCCUCGACCAAAGAGAGGGACAGGUUGACUACCAAGGAACCAUUGCACUCAAUCCCGGAGACGGUAAUCUUAUUCAAGACGUCUUGAUUGACGACGUGCGCGUCGAAGAUAUUCGCGUUGGCCAACUGCUCAACUUCCGAGUCAUGUACAAUACCAAGUACAAUACUUCACCGGGCCGAGGAAUCAAGGACGUGUUGGUGCGUGAUUUGAAGUACACUGGGACAAAAGCCAGCAUGUCUAUCUUUGUCGGUUAUGACGAAGACCGGACAAUCAGCAAUGUUAGGUUCGAAAACCUGGUUAUCAAUGGGAAGGUCAUCUCGGAUAACAUGCAGAAGCCGGGCUGGUACUUGACUGCGGACUUUAUUCCGGCAUAUGCAAAUGAGCAUGUACAUAACAUGACUUUCACGUCAGCUUGA